CUGAGAGAGCGUGAGCAGGCCACGGUUUCAACCUGUGGUGUUAUGAAGUAUUAUGCGGCUUUCUCUUCACAAAACCGUGCCGUCCAACUCGUCCUUUCCCCGAGGGAAACCGAACAACACAUCUAGUGCAAGUCUUGUCUCAGAGUAACUGUUUCGUGCGGAGUAGACCGACCGCCUGCCUAGUGCCUACUCAGAAGACAGAGGUGUUGGAGACUCCGCUCAGCGCGCGCAAGGGGACAGCGAGCUGCACGCGCCGGGAAGAUCGGAAAGGAGAGGGGAUUUAAAUCUAAAGACCGAUUGAGCGCGCGAGGGAGGGAGAGAGGCUGUUUUGUGUCCUGCUAGGCUGUUAGGGGGAGGAGGGACGGAGAAUGAGCUAUUCUUGUACCAGCAGAGAGGCUGUCUGCAAUAGCCAGGACGCAUCUAGCGCUAAGAAACCAAGUAGCAGUAAUCCGUGCAGUAGCAGCGGCGGAGACACCGGCGGCAGCAACAACGGCAAUAGUUCCCGCGGCAGCCAGGCGAACACGAGCCCGAAACCACCAGCGGCGAUGAAAGUAAAGAAAGGCUGUAACUCCACAGACGUGGGGGUCCCGGUUACCACGGAGGAAGAAUUGCUCAGACACUCAGUAAUUACCCCUGAGGAUGUACUUGGGUUACAGAAGAUCACCGAAAAUUAUUUGUGCGGCCCAGAUGAGAAUGUGUACAACAUUGACUUCACGAGGUUUAAGAUUCGGGACAUGGAGACUGGGACCGUGCUGUUUGAGAUCACCAAGCCCCCAUCCACUGAGAAGUCAGGGGAGAAGAGGGACCUGGACCCCAACGCUGGCCGGUUUGUGCGCUACCAGUUCACCCCCGCCUUCCUGAGGCUGAGGCAGGUUGGAGCCACGGUGGAGUUCACAGUGGGUGACUUGCCCAUCAAUAACUUCCGCAUGAUCGAGAGGCACUACUUCCGUGAGCAGCUGCUCAAGAGCUUCGACUUCGAGUUCGGCUUCUGCAUCCCCAGCAGCAAGAACACCUGUGAGCACAUCUACGAAUUCCCUCCACUCUCUGAGGAGACCAUGCGUGAGAUGAUCCUGCACCCAUAUGAGACACAGUCCGACAGCUUCUACUUCGUGGACAACAAGCUGGUGAUGCACAACAAGGCUGAUUACUCCUACAGCGGGGGCCCCUAGUGGCCUGGGCCCCACAGACAGACAGACGGAUGGACAGAUGGACUGGAGACUAGAGGACCCCCACCCACCUCCGCACCCCCAAGCCUCAUUGCAAAACUGCCCCCCUCCCCCCAAGAUCAGGAAAAAUCCAACCUGUCAGAGGAACCACCCCCCUGCACACCUCCUCCUCCUGCCCGUGUGUGUCAGGGUGGGCGAUGACAUCAGCGUGGUGGCUUUGUAAACCCUACCCCAACAGCACUGCCACUGAUACACUCCAGCUGUCUCACCGGGACCACCUCUCUAUCCCACAGCCACUCUCUCCUUGUUUGUGGUGUUUGGGGGUGGGGCAGUGUGUAGCUCCGCCCUGUUAUGUCUCCAUCCCCCCAAUCUUCUUUCCGAUUUACCCCCAGGCCCUCAAAUUUCUAAUAGGUGGCGACUGGACAUAUUUUUUCCAGGGGUCAUGUCCUACAGGAAGUGCCCUGGACCUUCCCAGAACAGCUUCAGUGUAAAAGCAAUAACAAGAACAUUCCUUGUCCGUAUUUCAGAUGAUAACAGCAUUCGUAUUCAAGUCAAGCUGGUAGUUAUGUCAUAGCAAAUGUGGCAUCCUGUUGCACAAGAAAAGUGGUAAAUGGGGAAAAAAGCACACUAAAAUCACUCUUUAGCAGUUGUUUCUAAUCAUUCCGGGGUAGCAAUGAUCAUGUACCAAGUACUGUAAUUACUCUAGUUCACUUUAAGACCACGUAACUGAUUACUGUUGUACCACUGGUGUGCAUCACAGCUGAUGACAUCAUUGCUAGCUGAACUUGAGUCUCCAGUGGAAGUGGUGCUUUGCGGACAGGUGUCUGCUGAGUCUGCAGCAGAAUGUCUGCUGUAGAGGUGGUGCGUUCCGAUAUGGCUGUGUGUAGCCCGGUCGCGUCAGGUCCUGCGGCGAGCGCUGUCUUUGGGAUCACUCCUGUGCGUCGGCCUCAUCUGGAUCUCAGUCUUACCCCACCCACAGACAGCAGCACACAGACGUUAACAUGCAUUCCAUUUUGCGGUUACCAGGUCGGCAUGCAAUCGGUUACAUCGGCAAAGAGAGGUUUUCUCAAAGCAAGAAGGGGUUAAAUCAAAGAGGUGAAAUUCAAUCGAAUUUAAAUCAAAGUUCACACAGGUGACAGAUAGGUGGCAUGUGCCCCUUCCACACGGGUGCAGACAUACUCAGAACCAUCAGGGCUCUAUGAAGGCAGGUGGAGCCCUUCCUUAAUAGAUCUGUCUGAUCAAAAUACUGCACCUGCAGCUCCCCUGGGACAGGCUGUGCGUGUGUGUGUGUGUGUGUGCAUGUGUGUGUGUGCGCAUGCUUGUUUUCAUGCAGUCUCUGGAGUUUGAUCCAGAGGCAGGGAAUGCAUCAUCCUUCUGCCAAGCUAUGGUCCUGGCACUUAUGACAGUAUGACCACAGUGUCCUCCCAGUUAUCACGGCUAACUGUGCCUGAUCACAGCCACUGGGAUCGAGGAAUCAUUUGUCCUCAUUGAUGGGUCCCGUUGGCUCAAGCUGAUUGGUGCGUGUGAAUCAUUCACAUCUAUGACAUCAGCAUGACUAAACCAACCAGCCCACACCUCAGAGUACAUUUUAAGUAGUCAAGACAGCGGUGUUGUUUUUCCUGUGGAUAUUGUCCAAAGCUUAUCAAAAACACACGCUCUGACUAACAUCUGACCAAAACAACUCCACCAAAUGGAUGUCUGUAAAGAUUCUUGUUCUUGAUUUGGGUUUGUCACGGUAUUUCAAUUUAUGCUCGUCUCCUGUUGCUAGGAGCUGACUGUUCCACGACCCUGUGGUCGUUGCAUGUCCCAGAUUUCACCAAGGCUUGUUUUUAAAAAGGUCAGAAAGGACCAAGACAUGAAUUUAUUCCUCUCUGCCGCAUUACAAAAAGGAAAUGACUUUUUUUGAAAUCUAAACUUCCUUUGGGGGAAAGAAGCCAGUGUUUGAAAAUGUUCCUUGCAGAUAAUUUAAGUCCCAUUUGAAACAAGGCCAUGCGAUCCGUCAGUGUCCCUCUGCCCGGAUCGCUCCCACAGGGAGGCGAGGAAAGAUUCCCCUCAGUGCUUUUGAGAGACAGCAGUGAUUACACACACCGCAGAACAGAGGUUUUAGAGGCGCUGAUAAAAAUACAAAGCAUCCGUUUCCUCACAUGAACCCCCAGGAGGAGACAGCUGUGCUUCCGACAGGAAGUGGAGGGUUAGCAGGAAGUGAGAGAGGGCUUGAGUGCUGACCAAGCUGCCAACGCUAGUGGCCGGUAGGAGAGUGAGGAUCGCAACACCCCAAAGUGUGGAACUGUCAGGCAAUCCAACCACAGCAUUUCGUUGCGGAGAACCAUGUCUGUGAUUUUGUUCAGUGGUUGACAGCGGAUGGUUGCUCUGUCUAUUCUGAGGAUGUCGCUGUUGGAAUUGUCUGUUACGUACAGAGUUGCAAUUCUAGAAUACCUUUUUCCAUAGGGAUGAUGGGGCCACUCCUUGGUGACUACUCCUACACGGAAAGUCAUUUUUGGGAAGAAUGUUGAAUAGACAAUGAGUCUUUUAAUAUACAUCACAUGUCACAUAACAUAACAAAUGGCACAUUCCUACAUACAGCUUUCUGAAUAUGUUACAAAAUAUCCAAUAAAAUGUCUUUUUUUAUGAUAUGUGCAACAAUAUGUGUACAACAGUACAUGUGGAGAGUAUUUGAUAUGACAGUGAUCUGUGACAUUUUUACGUGUUGUAAAAUAAGAUACAUUUCUGGUACGGGCAUGUCUCUUCUGGAAGCAGUAAUAAGCACAUGUAUUAUGUACACAUGUGAAAAUGUGUACAUGGCAAAAAUGCUGUAUAUACGCAGUAGUAAUGUUUCCAAAUGAUCUGCGCUGCAGACCAUAGGGAUACCUACAGAAGAAUUUUAUCAUUAGCUACACUGAUCGGAGAGUUUUAGCUCAAAAUGUUCCCAUAUUGUUGCUUUAACGUUGUUGCAAUUUGACGUCGCUGCAACGUCAGAGCAACGCUGUGAGAAUGUUCUGCCAGGGGUUCACUUCAUUGUUAUUCAGGCCAGUUAAAAAUCCUUCUCUGCACAUUAUUUUAAAAGGGAAAGGGGGGGUGUCAAAAGCAGAAAAAAUUCUGGUCAUAAGCAAAACCUUCUAAAUAUUUCUGCUAUGGUUCGUGCUGUCUUUUUUACUGUUAAAUCAUAGGAGUUUGCACCUUGUUUUACGUUUUUCUAAAUGCUGGUAGAUCUAAACGAUGCUGCUUGUAGAAGUAAUCUAGGACUCUGUUGGUCACAUUCCAGUAAGGGGGCUGCCUGUGGCUGUUGGCGCACUUAGUAUGAAGCAGAUCGCAUUGUUUUUUGAAGGGUGUUUCUAUCCACCUGUUCAUAGUGCUGUGUAUCAGGCAUCGUGUAGAAAACAAAAAAGUACAUUAUUUUUCAUCUUUUUGAAAUGAAGUGGAUGACUUAGUUUCAA